AUGGAUAACAUUCCACCACGUCGAAACGUUCGCACCGAGAACUUGUCACCGCCAUGCCCAAACAAGCGCAUCAUGUUCUUGGAACGAGCCGAUUCGCCUCUGCGACAAGCCAAUGCAUCUGAGCAACGACUCGGUGCGUCUCAACAACAAGAUGACGAGUUAGGAAGCUUUCAUCGCUUCUCUCAACUACCUCCGGAGCUCCAGGAUCAGAUCUGGAAGCACGCUCUGGACAUAUCUGCCCCAACUGCUCAUUACGCUCACCCCAAAUUAGAAAGCGACGGCUACUGUAAGAUGAGACUACUGAAAAUCAAGAGAAAGUGCAGUAGUUGCUAUCCGAGGAGAGAACGCCCUAGUAUAGAAGCAAUCUACCCUGUCCGCCAGGCGUUGAUGCAAACCUGUCGACGCUCAUACGCGUUUGUUAAGGACAUCUGGGAAAGAGAGAGUCCAGGUACAGCGUUGCUGGAGAUCCAUGAAGUAUAUGAAGAUAUCAGCGAAUGCUAUUGCCCUCGGCCUAGCGCCUGGCAUGGGACACUGGAUGAGUCAGCUUUGGGGGCGCCCUAUUUUGUUAGGACGUACGGAGGCGGACCAGCUAUGCCACUGAAACCACCUACGAAGAGGAUUGAUAUUUCUCAAGACCUCAUGAUCCUGCGCCAUUCCGUCUCUAUCACUUUUGGGCACGGUAGGAUACCCUCUGACUUCAAACGAGGAACAGGCACAAACAUCAAGCAGAUCGCCGUUCCCUUCAGCUUAGAGUUAUUUUGGCGUUACAGAUCUUCAUUGGCCUGUAUGUUAGGCGUUCUCAAAGAGCUCCGAACGUUAUAUCUCCUCAUUGAACCGAGACAAGAUUGCAUCCAACCACGCAUUAUUGAAGGGAGACUGGUAGAAGCCCCUUCUAGGACGAACAAUCUGCAUUUGAGGGAGGCUCUUCACGGGCACAGAAGAACACCGGAAGAUACUUCUCCGGAGACGUUUUAUCUCCGCGGUCGGAUCUAUUAUGAGUUACCAGAUGAGGAGGUUCUGUAUAACACAUUCCCAAACGAAGUACUCAUAUCAUUUCAUCCAAUAGAAGAGAUUGCAAAGGAGCAAAGGCAAAAGAAUGGAGGUGUUCCGCUUCCUCCCCUGGUCAUUCGGUUUAUGUCGUGGAAGCUGGCUCCCGGUGUAAGAGGAAGAUUUGAGACGGAUCCCGAGCUGUUGUAG